AUGGAGAAGCCGUCAUUUCCUAGAAGGUUUUUCAGCAAAGGUUCCGAGCCUGCAUCCGAGAAGAGCAUCGGAUACUACAGCAACAACACUAAGCUGUUUGAGAGUCUUGUCGCUCUCUUCACCGACGAUGAAUGGGCUGAGCUCGAGGGAUCUCCGCUCGGUGUCUUCUUCAGAUUCGCGAGGAGGACUUUCAAUUGGGCAUCAAUGAUUGUGAAGUGUAUCCUUACAUGUCAAAUAGCGUGCAAGAAACCCUUUGAGAUAUGGAGUGUGGUUGGGCACAACCCUGUAAGGUUCUCGUUAAACGAGUUUGCACACAUAACCGGUUUGAACUGCGAGUACACGGAGAAUCUCCAGACCCCCUCCUGUGCUGACGUUGAUGAAGAUGAGUUCUCUGAGUUUUGGCAUAAACUCGGUGUUCCUCUCACCAGUGGUCCUUCAAUUGAUAACCUAAUCCGAGCAUGCGGAUGGGCCCAAGACUGGUCAGCGGAGGACAAAAAGAGACUGGCUUAUUUAGCCGUGUACGCUGGUUUCAUUAUCGCAGCGAGGGAAAGUACUGCUACGCCGCUGGGGAUGGCAAAGUUGGUAAUGGACCUAGAAGAGUUCGAGGCUUAUCCUUGGGGGAGGGUAGCCUUCUUGAACCUCAUUCAAUCUGUGAAAAGCGCCAACCUCAGCAAGCACUACGUUCUGUGCGGGUUUGUUGAAGUUCUUCAACUGUGGACUACUACGCUAUGCCCACCUUCGGCGAAGAAUACGGUGAUCCCUAUGCCGCUCCGCAAUCUCCGCCUUUGA